CUGAGCUCAGUGGGAAUGUUCUCGCCUCAGCUGGGUGGUUGCAGAUUCAAACCCAACUGCAGCAACUUGAGUGCACAGUCUUAAGCUGGCGCUUCAGUGUAGCUCGGAGAUAGCGUUCAGCUCCAUGUAAAAGAUCCACUGGUAUUUAUUUUGAAGACUGGGACAGGGUACCUGUUAAAUUAUGUCCUUGUGGAAUCCUGCUGUGCUUAAACUGCCUGCUGCUGUUGCUCACCAAACAACAGCGACUGCACUGGCUCGGAAUCGCUUUGAGGAUGUGAAAGAACAUCCCUUUCAUUACUUAAUUGAGCCGUUAACUGCAGAUUGUCCAAACAAGAAAUACUUCAACAUCCUUAAACUCAAUGGCCCAAGAUAUGUGGGAUUGCCUUUUUCUAUCCGUAUCCUGCUGGAAGCUGCAGUUCGAAAUUGUGAUGGACUCCAUAUAAAAAAAGAAGAUGCUCUUAUAAUUCUAGAUUGGAAAAACCAACAAAACCAAGCUGAUGUUCCCUUCUGGCCAGCCCGUGUCCUCCUCCAAGAUUUCACUGGAAUUCCUGCAGUGGUGGAUUUUGCAGCCAUGAGGGAAGCAGUGAAGAAACUUGGAAGAGACCCUAGCAAAGUCAAUCCAGUCUGUCCAACUGAUCUGAUUGUCGACCAUUCAAUACAGAUUGAUUACAGUAAAAGUGCCAUUCAAAAUGCUCCAAAUCCUGGUGGAGGUGACGGCUCUGGAGCAGCGCCUAGAAUGCCCAACGCCAAGCUGCCAUCGAAAACCUCACCGUGUCAACGCUCCAGCGGGUGCUUGAGUCAAUGCCACAGUGAAAGGGGCUCCGCUUCCUCAGGGAAACGCAGCAUGGAGAUAGAGAACACACCGUUGCUUUGCCCUUUCCACCUGCAACCUGUAGCCGGACCAGAAACUUUAAUAAGGAACCAAGAAAUCGAAUUUAACAGAAAUAAAGAACGGCUACAGUUUUUUAAGUGGGCUUCCAGAGUAUUUCAGAAUGUGACCGUGGUGCCCCCAGGAAGUGGAAUCGUGCACCAAGUAAAUCUAGAAUACCUGUCCCGCGUAGUGUUUGACCUAAGAGACGUUUUGUUUCCCGACAGUGUGGUGGGCACAGACUCUCAUACGACAAUGGUGAAUGGUCUUGGAAUUUUAGGAUGGGGGGUUGGCGGGAUAGAAAGUGAAGCAGUUAUGCUGGGCCAGCCAGUCACAUUGACUUUACCCGAGGUAGUCGGAUGUAAAUUGGUUGGGACCACAAACCCUUUGGCCACUUCAAUCGAUGUUGUUUUAAGUGUAACAAAGCAUCUUAGGCAAGUAGGAGUUUCAGGCAAAUUUGUCGAAUUCUUUGGCCCAGGUGUGUCCCAGCUCUCUGUAGCGGACAGAACAACAAUAGCAAACAUGUGUCCUGAAUAUGGUGCUACCGUGAGCUUUUUCCCAGUUGACGAUGUUACUUUGCGGCACUUAAAACAGACAGGUUAUGGUGAAACAAAGAUUGAAGCUGUGGAAACAUAUUUAAAAGCUGUGAAACUGUUCAGGAACUAUCAGAAUCCAUCAGAAGACCCGGAGUAUUCGCAGGUUAUAGAACUAAACCUGUCCUCUAUUGUCCCGUACGUGAGUGGUCCAAAACGGCCACAAGACAGAGUUGCGGUAAAUGACAUGAAGAAAGAUUUUCAGAACAGCCUGAAUGAAAAGGCUGGCUUUAAAGGGUUUCAGAUUCUCCCAGAAAAGCAGAAGGAGAUUGUUGCCAUUGAGUUUGAAGGGAAAGAUUAUAAGCUCGCCCAUGGUUCUGUUGUCAUUGCCGCUGUAAUAAGCUGUACAAAUAAUUGUAAUCCAUCUGUCAUGCUGGGGGCAGGUUUACUGGCUAAAAAGGCCAUUGAAGCAGGCCUGUCUGUUAAACCUUACAUUAAAACCAGCUUGUCCCCCGGAAGUGGGAUGGUGACGUAUUACUUGAAUGCCAGCGGUGUACUGCCUUACCUGCACAGCCUCGGGUUUGAAGUUAUUGGCUAUGGCUGUGCGACGUGUGUUGGGAAUACUGCUCCUUUGCCAGAGUCUGUUGUUGCUGGUAUCCAACAGGGUGAUCUUGUUGCAUGUGGAGUUCUCUCUGGAAAUAAGAACUUUGAGGGCCGCCUCUGUGACUGUGUUCGUGCCAACUACCUCGCCUCUCCUCCAUUAGUAGUAGCAUAUGCCAUCGCUGGUACAGUUAACAUAGACUUUGAAAAGGAACCUUUAGGUACAAACUCCGACGGGAAAGAAAUCUACCUACAUGAUAUUUGGCCGAGCAGGGAAGAGAUUCAACAGGUGGAGGAACAACAAGUGAUCCCGUCCAUGUUUAAAGAGCUGAGAGAAAAAGUAGAGAAAGGAAAUAAUCGCUGGAAUGCCUUGGAAGCUCCUGAGUCGCUUCUGUAUCCCUGGGAUUCAAAAUCAACCUAUAUCAGAUGUCCUUCAUUUUUUGAUAAAUUUACCAAAGAGCCCAGCUGUCCUCAGUCCAUUGAAAACGCCCACGUCUUGCUGCAUCUGGGAGAUUCUGUUACCACUGACCACAUCUCCCCCGCAGGCAGUAUAGCCCGUAAUAGUGCUGCUGCCAGAUACCUGACCUGCAAAGGCCUCACGCCCCGUGAGUUUAACUCUUAUGGAGCACGAAGAGGUAAUGAUGCCGUGAUGACCCGAGGAACCUUUGCUAACAUCAGGCUCCUGAAUAAGUUUAUUGGCAAAGCUGCACCUAAAACGAUACAUAUCCCAUCUGGGCAAACGCUUGAUGUGUUUGAUGCGGCUGAAAGAUAUCAGAGGGAAGGCUUUCCAUUGAUUAUUUUAGCUGGGAAAAAAUACGGCUUGGGUAGUUCGAGGGACUGGGCUGCCAAAGGACCUUAUUUACUGGGUGUCAAAGCCGUUCUAGCGGAGAGUUACGAGAAGAUGCACAAGAACCACUUGAUUGGGAUGGGUGUCAUUCCCCUUCAGUUCCUUCCAGAGGAGAACGUAGACAAGUUAGGACUGACCGGAAAGGAGCGGUACACAAUAAUAAUCCCUAAAGAACUGUGCCCCGGAGCAACAGUCAGUGUAACGACAAACACAGGAAAGACAUUCAAAGUUGUAGCUAAGUUUGACAAUGAAAUGGAAGUCACCUUUUACAAGCAAGGUGGCAUUUUGAACUAUGUCGCUCGAAAGAUGUUAUAACAGCUACCGCAUCUUUUGACUUCAUCUGCAACUGAUCUAGGCAUGGCUUGGAGUUCCCUUCAACAGGUGACAUUAUUUACAUCCAGUGCUCUUGGAGUGAUGGGUAUGGCUGCUGAAGUCUUUCAUGCUAGGUGUGCUGUAUGUUUCGGAACUAUCUGCUUGCAGCUCAAGAGACCAGCUAUGAAUGGAGUCCUGGCCUUGCAAGUACACAUGAUUUCUUCCUUUUAAGUUUAUAAUCAUUGUAUUGAUCAUUCUUUUAUUUGUAACUUAAACUCGUGUGUAAAAUGUGUAUGUGCGUGUGUGUGUGUGUGUGUGUGUGUGUGUGUGUGUAUUGCAAAACUGCCCCAUUCAGGUCUGAAGAUGAACUACAUUGCUCAUUCAGUUCACCACUGCCUUUUCUCUGCACAAGGUUUUGUCACUGUGGGAUUUAUAUUUUCUUUUAACUAGCCCUAUUUAACAGCAGACACCUCGAUUUUUAAAUCCUGCUUUUCCACGUUUUUUUAGCCUUGUCUCUGCCUCCUGUUGUAAACCAUUUCUCAAAAUUAAAAACAAUGGGCGACAUGAGCAUUCAGAACACUGUGAAAUAAAGCCGCCUGCGGUGGGGGAACAAAGAAACAGAGAAAGACUUGGGAUAGAAGCAGCGUGUCAAAUAUUUUGAGAUUAUAUUUGCUGUCUGUGGAGGCAAGCAAGAAUCCAUCUCGCAUCCGAAGCCUCAGAUGUUUGGUGUUGUAUGAUAAGUGUCCAAGCAAAUGUAUUUCAGUGGUAAUUUUACCGUACAAAUGCUACUGAUGAACUGUACAUUUUUAAUAGGUUGUAAGAAUAAACGAGUCAAACCACAAA